GGUUGGCUUCAGUGUAGCAUGUUGUAGAGUUUGUUCUCUGCUCAUUGAAUUAAACACACAAACAUCUAAUAGUUUGCCAUAUUAAUUAUUAUUAAAAAUAUUAUAAAGCGUGUUUACAUAUCGAGGUUUUCGUUGGAAGAAGGAGCAGGAACGACAACGCGGAAUGAAUCAGUUUGAACAUUUAAAGGAGGAAGACUGUGGUGACCAUGAGGAGAUGAAGGACAAUAAUGAGAGCGAUAGAGCAUCAAUUAACAACAACAAUAACAACAUCAGACGCAAGAUGGUGACUCCGGCUGCAGGUGAACACCCGCUGCAGUAUAACUACACGUUCUGGUACUCGCGCCGGACGCCCAGCAGACCUGCUAACACACAGAGCUACGAGCAGAACAUCCGGCAGAUGGGAACCGUGGCCUCGGUGGAGCAGUUCUGGAAGUUCUACAGUCAUCUUGUCCGACCUGGAGAUCUGACAGGACACAGCGACUUCCACCUGUUCAAAGAGGGAAUCAAACCCAUGUGGGAGGACGAGGCCAAUAAGAACGGUGGGAAGUGGAUCAUCCGUCUGAGGAAGGGUCUGGCGUCUCGUUUCUGGGAGAACAUCAUCCUGGCCAUGCUGGGCGAGCAGUUCAUGGUGGGUGAGGAGAUCUGCGGGGUGGUCGUGUCCAUCCGCUUCCAGGAGGAUAUUUUGUCCAUCUGGAAUAAAACAGCCAAUGAUCAGGUGACCACAUCACGGAUACGGGACACCUUGCGGCGCGUGCUGAACCUGCCGCCAAACACCAUCAUGGAGUACAAGACGCACAACGACAGUCUGAAGUAUGUCUCACUAAGCAUGGGCCGGUUUAAGAUUCUGACGGGAUAACUCCAGCUUCCGGAACACCAAGAUCACUUUGUGAAAUCCUGGAGUAGUUUUCAUAUGGACACUUUCCUUUAUACACCCUCAGAAACAUCAGCCUGUGCGUCACACCGACGGAAUGAACCAGAGCAAAUGCGUGUGUUUGUGUGUGUGUGUGUGUGUG